AUGUCACUGAAUGAUGAUUUGGCAUACGCUAUGACUCCUUUGAAACUCUUAACUCUACCAUUAGGUGUUUGGCCUUUACAAAAAUAUGAUAUAUUUUCUUUAGUCCGUUGUAUCGUGUGUAUCUUCAGUUUGACUGUGAUGAUGGUUGUAUUGUUCCUCGAAAUCAAUUUCGGUAGCGGAGAUGCAUAUGUGAAACUCGAUGGUCUUAUGGUUAUGUUCUGCGCCGUCCUCUCUGUUUUAAAACUGUUGUCCUUCCGCAUAUAUGCUGACAAUCUGGUUCGCAAUUUCUCUUCUGCUAUAAAUGAUUAUUUUGCGAUCAACACUGAGGAGAAACGCACGAUCAUACGACGGCACGCUUUCAUGGGAAGGAUGAUUUGCUACAGUAUCAUAUUUUUUGCUUAUUUGGCUUCAUCAAUUUUCAUGCUGGCGCCUAUGCUAGCAGACAAUAACGACGUCCAAGUGAAUGUAUCUAUUAAGAAUCAAGCAUCGGAAUUACCCGUGCCCUUAACGUGGGCUUUAGGGAAUUUUAAUCUCUCCACGAAUUUAUACUUGUUGAUCUCUGUGGUGCAAUGUAUUCUAUUAGUGCUUAAUAGCACUAGCGAUUGUGGAUGUGAUACACUUUUUCUUGCAAUCACUCUCCAUGUCUGCGGACAAAUUGAACUUCUAAAAAUCGAAUUUAUCAACUAUGGUACGAAAAACAAAAAUAUAAAUGAAGAUUUUUCAAAAUUGGCAUCUAGACAUCAUUAUUUAAUAGAGCACGCAAAACUUCUGAUAAAUGUAAUAAGUUUCGUUUUGCUCGUGCAAAUGUUGUUCAGUUGUCUUAUUAUUUGCCUGAUCGGUUUCCAACUUAUCUUGGCAUUGAAAUCGCAUGAUGCAGUAAUGAUAACUAAAACAAUAACAGUGAUGAGUACUUUGCUGUUACAGUUGUUCUUUUAUAGUUUCGUGGGUGAUUAUUUAAAAUGUCAAAUGGGAGAAAUCGCAUAUUCAAUCUAUAGCUGCGAUUGGCACUGUUUGCCAAUGAAAUUAAUGAGAAACAUUUUGUUCAUUAUUAUGCGGUCGCAGCAUCCUGUUCAACUAUUAGCUGGCAAAUUUUUUGUCGUUAACAUUGAGACUUUCAUGGCCAUAUUGAAAAGCUCCCUUUCGUAUUUAUCUGUCUUGCGAGUGAUGUUGGAUGCAUAA